GAGAGAGAGACAGAGAGUUCCCUGUCUAAACGAGGAGCGCCUUUGCGUGUUCACGCAUCCGAGUUUGAUCCGCGUCUGAGUUCCGGUUUGAGCCGGUUAGGAAACCGGAAGUAGCUCCGUGAGCCAGGAGCGGCGGCAGUGAAGCAGACCGCCCGACGCCGGGAGGCUUUCUCUCCCUAAAGUUACAACAACGUUCACAUUUAAACCCGUUCAGAACCGUCGGAGACACGAUGGAGUAGACUGGAGAGGAGCCCCGCGCCCGCCAUGAGGACCCCCCGGGCCCCCCGGGGCCCCCCCGGGUGUCUGGGCCCCAACGUGUACCCGGCGGUGCCGGACGGCGGCUGGGGCUGGGCCGUGGCCGCCGCCUUCUUCCUGGUGGAGGUCUGCACCUACGGCGCCAUCAAGAGCCUGGGCGUCUUCCUGCAGGACCUGAUGGAGGAGUUCGGGGAGAGCAACAGCCGCGUGUCCUGGGUGUUCUCCAUCUGCGUCUUCAUCUUCACCUUCGCCGCGCCUCUGUCCACGAUGCUGAGUCACCGCCUGGGCUUCCGCCCGGUGGUGAUGAUGGGAGGCGUCCUCAUCAGCCUGGGCACCGUCGCCUCCGCCUUCUGCCGCUCCAUCAACGAGAUGUACUUCACCAUGGGCGUGGUCUCAGGCCUGGGCUACUGCUUCACCUUCCUCCCCACCCUCACCAUCCUCGCCCAGUACUUCUCCAGACGGCGAGCGCUCGUCAUCUCGGUCGCUUCCUCCGGAGAAUCCUUCGCUGUGUUUGCCUUCGCGCCGGCUCUCUCCACGCUGAAGGAACACAUCGGCUGGCGCUACUGUCUGGUCGUCCUCGGCAUCCUUCAGGCUUCUGUAAUUGGCUGUGGGCUCCUCCUCCGUCCAAUCAUCAUCGAGCCCCUGAAGGAGGGCGAAGAGCCGGAGAGUCGGCCUCUGAAGCCGCCGCCGACCGCUCUGGAGCUGGAGAACCAGCCGACGAGGACCUCCAUCAGCUCGCAGGACUCGGGGGUCACCUCCCUCUCCACCUCCACCGGAGACCUGAGGCCCGCGGCGGCCGACCACGAGGCGGGCCGGGGGGGCCGGGACGAGGAGGUCGAUGCCGCUCCCGUCGGCUCGGAGCUUCUGGACUUCUCGGCGCUGAAGGACCGGGCCUUCGUCUGCUACUCGCUGUUCGGCUUGUUCGCCACGCUGGGCUUCUUCGCCCCGCAGCUCUACAUCAUCGAGCUGAGCAAGAGCCGCGGCGCGGCGCCCGGCGCCGCCUCCUCCACGCUGUCCGUCAUGGCCGUGGCCGAGAUCCUGGGCCGCCUGUCCAUCGGAGCGCUGCUGAAUAGAGUCCGGUGCCGGAAGACGCUGGUGCUGCUGGGCUGCGUGGUUCUGCUGUGCCUGGUGCUGGUGGCCUUCACCGUGGUGUGGGAGUUCUGGGGCCUGGUGGUCUGCUGCGCCCUCUACGGCUACUUCAUGGGCACCGUGGGCUCCACCCACAUCCCCAUGCUGGCGGAGGAGGAGGUGGUGGGCAUCCGGAAGAUGCCGUCGUCCGUGGGCGUGUACGUCUUCAUCCAGAGCUUCGCCGGGCUGGCGGGGCCGCCGCUAGGAGGUGUGUUGGUGGACGUCACGCAGAACUACGGGGCGGCGUUCUACUCCUGCGCCGUGGGAAUGGGCCUCAGCGCCGUCUGCCUGGCGCUGGUCGGCCCGGCCAAGUCCGGCAUGUGCCGGAGCCGGAACCACGAGGAGGUCCGGAGCCCAGGGGGGAACCCGUCUGAGGACGGAGGCCCGGUGGACUAUCUGGAGGUGGACCUGGCCCCGGAGGACAGUCCGGAAAUCUGACUGGAGCGCCACCUCAUGGGGGACAUGAAGGAUCCCCAAC